GGAUUUGCUACUAGAAUAGUUCAUCACCUACUCUGCAAAGGCAUUGCGUUCCCAUGGCCUAACUCCUAGUCCGGGCAGAGGGACCUGAGUGUCGGUCAGUGUGCAAGGACCCAGGAGUCUUGGAAACUGGAUGCCUUUACAGGAGAAAAGGUGAAGACCAUGCUUGGCUGAUUGAACACUGAUGAACCGACAUCACCUUUGUCUCCAAAUGUAAAAGAAAAUGACAUUUCCUGCCAUGACUUCUAAUAAUUUCUAUCAUUUUUCUCUGGUUUUGAUUGCUACUGAGUUGAUAUUCUCGUAGGAGUUUCUGCCUCAGUCUUAUUCCUGAAAAGCGUAACCAGCUCAACACCUGUCAUUUUGUAGCCUUCGUAUCCCAUGGGAGCUCAGCUUUUUUAAGAAGCCUUUGUAAGACAACGUCCUGUUUAAUUUCUGUAGGAAAUACAAGUAGACAAUAUCAAUCAGACUUGCCUCAUGGACCAGCUGUUGACUUGCUCAGGAAUUGAGGUAUGUGGAUUUUACUGCAGUUAUGUGGUCCCUGUCUUCAAAAUUGAAUGUGGCAGUAGCUGAUUUUCUGGCUUUGGUCUCCCUGUAGAAAUUUGAAACAGGUGCUGAUACUGUUCAGGUGAUAAAGCCUCAAGUCUAUGCUGAGAUGCUGCACAGUGUGUUUAGUAGUUCAGGACGGUGCAUCUCCCAGACAGAAGAACAUACUGCUGACCUCUCGUUGGUGUCCAGAGAUAUUGACUCGGAUGGACACAGCAGUGAAGCGUAUGGAGCCAUGGAAGAUAGCAGUCAUCGUUGUGUCAGUAAUAGCUGGUCUGGCCAUUGUCAUUGGCUUGAUUACAUAUUUUUUAUGCCAUUAUCAGAACAGAUACUACAAUGCAGCUUUCCUUAUCACCAACAUCCAGUAUGACACUCGGUACGAAAGGCAAACCACAGAAGAAUUCAGAUACCUGAGCCAAGAGAUUGAAAACAUGAUGUCUACAGUAUUUAAGAAGUCCAUUCUAAGUCAAAGGUACAUCAGAUCCCAUGUUAUCAGUCUAAGCCCAGAUCCUGGCGGAGUGCUUGUAUCUGUUGCUCUGGUAUUUAAAUUUGCCUCAGCUGAUAGUACGGCAACAAGCUGGAGUCGUGUCAACAGUGUGUUACGCAGAAGGCUGAAAACAAGCUCAACGUCAUUGAAUAUUGACCAGUCUACUAUAACUGUCACAGAGUUGAAUGAGGACAAGGGAGAUACCCUUUUAAACAACUUCUGUGGAAUACGAAGGGAUACAUUCUCCUUCUCAGGAGUGGAAAGAAUAAUUGGCGGGCAGCGUGCACAGGAUGGGGAAUGGCCAUGGCAGGCUAGUAUUCAGCUCGAUGGGACCCAUCGCUGUGGUGCAUCGGUGAUCAGUAAUACAUGGCUAGUGACUGCAGCCCACUGCUUUAGAGGAGCAAAAGAGCCUCGGAGGUGGACAGCCAGCUUUGGAAUUUUGCUGAGACCUCCGAAACAGAAAAAAUACGUACGAAGAAUUAUCGUUCAUGAAAAAUACAGUGAAUUUCUCCUCGAUCACGAGUAUGAUGUGGCUGUUGUGGAACUUGCCUCCCCAAUUGAGUUCACGAAUGAUGUACACAGUGUCUGUCUUCCUGAAGCAUCUCAUGUAUUCCGGGAUAAUGCUUCUUGUUUUGUCACAGGCUGGGGAGCUUUGGAGAACGAUGGCUAUAGUGUUAAUCAACUUCGACAAGCAGAAGUGAAAAUUAUAAGCACUAGAAUUUGCAAUAGGAGGGAAGUGUAUGGUGGAGCAGUAACACCUGGAAUGUUGUGUGCUGGAUACUUAGAGGGACAGGUGGAUGCUUGCCAGGGUGACUCUGGUGGGCCACUGGUGCAUGCAAACUCCAGAGGAAUCUGGUAUCUCGUGGGAAUAGUGAGCUGGGGAGAUGACUGUGGCAAGCCAAAUAAACCAGGAGUAUACACACGAGUGACUUAUUAUCGAGACUGGAUCGCUUCCCAAACGGGCAUCUGAAACCUGCAGUGGCUUAAGUUUUGUGGGCUGUGUGUAAGGCUAUUCCUCUGACACAUUCUGCUCUGUGGUUACCCUCUAAACAGCUGCUGGCUUGGCUUGUGGUGAUAUAUCAAGUGCCAGCAAGCUCAGAGUAGUCUAGGACUUGAAAUUGGUUUGGCCUACCUCCAGAAAGGAACGGACUCAAUUCAUGUGACAGAGCUGUUUGUUCACAAAGUAUUCUGUCAAAGGGGCAAAGGCUUUGGUUUAUGUGCAACAUGCUGACCCUCUUCUUUGUGUCCAAAUGUCUUGGCCACCACUUUUGUAACCAGGCAAAGCAUCUGAGCCUAAACAAUUAUUUAUCAGCAUCCAAGAGAAUUCAUAACUAAAAUAUUGCCCAUCUGUUUGCUGCAUGUUCCCAAGGCCCCUCCUAUCUGUAGACCAGCUGUAACUGAGCCUGUGACUCCAAGGCUGCUGCGCUUCUGAAUACUCCUUGAGCUCUUUUCCUGCAAUGUUCCAGGGAGUAUACUGUAAUAAUGAACAGAAGAUGGCUUAGAGAUAUUCCAGUUCCUAGUAUCAUGUCAGCUACCUAGGUGAAUUGAGAAGUUUUCUUUGCUGUGUUAUCCUGAAGAAGUGAUUGUUGAGAGACAUCAACUUCUGUCCACGUUCUCUGAACAAGUGUGUCCACGCUUUGUAUGAACUGUACCUACCACAGCAUUUGCCAUGAGUGAUUGCUGGAUUUGAGACUG